AUGGAUUAUACAGCUGUGACUCACGAUUUCGAGCACUGGCUGCUGAACUCAGGGGUCCAGGUUUCCCCAAAGAUCAAGAUCGAAGACCUAAGGCACCUAUCUCAAGGUCGAGGUUUAAUAGCGACUCAAGAUAUAGAGGAAGAUGAAGUAUUGUUUUCUAUCCCAAGAAAUGUGUUGCUUAACAUAGAGACUGGUACUUUGAGUGGGAUAAACAACAAUAGAGAGAAACUUUUAACUAAAUAUGAUCAUUGGGAAGGUCUCAUAUUAACAAUCUUGUACGAAUUAUCAUUAGGUGAACAAAGUAAAUGGACUCCAUAUUUCAAAAUAUUACCUGAAGAGUUCCAUAGUUUGAUGUUUUGGAAUGAAGAAGAACUAAACAUGCUAAAUCCUUCACUUGUAUUGAAAAGAGUUGGUAAGGAUAAAGCUGAAGAAACUUUUAAUAAAUUAAUACCUAAUGCUCUAAUAGAUCUUGAUAUUGGUCAUUUAAACAUUUCGUUAGAUUUAUUUCAUAGAGUUGCUAGUACUAUCUUAUCAUAUUCAUUUGAUGUUGAAAGACCGGAUUUCAAUGAAGAUUUAGAAGAUGAUGAACAGGUUCAAUAUGAUGGUUAUUACAAAUCAAUGGUUGCAUUAGCUGAUUUAUUAAACGCUGAUACAAACUUGGCAAAUGCUAAUCUUUUUUAUGAAACUGAUGUGCUUGUUAUGAAAUCGGUCAAGAAAAUCUUGACAAAUGACCAAAUAUACAAUACUUAUGGGGAUCAUCCAAAUAGUGAGUUAUUAAGGAGAUAUGGUUAUGUUGAAUGGAAUGGUUCAAAAUUCGAUUUUGGUGAAUUACCAUUAUCUACCAUAAAGCAAACUUUAAAUGUCCAUUCAGAUUUACCAAUGGAAUUUAUUGAAAGAGUAUUAGAUUUAAUUUCUCAAGCUGAUGUUGAUGAAAUUGAAGAAGAUAUUGUCUUGGACUCUUAUGAUGCUUAUAAUGAUGGUGAAGUUUUACCAGAAUCUCAAAUUUUAAUUCAAGUGUUGACCACUAUUGUACAAAUUAACCAAUCAGAAAAUUUACAAAAAUUAUCGAAUGAAUUACUGCUCAAGAAUAUCAAUAGAAUUUUGAAAAAAUGUUAUCAAUUGAUUGAAACAGGCUCAAUGACUAAAAAUGCAGUUUUAACAUGGGAACAAUGUAUAAUAACCAGACUAGAAGAUUAUCCAAGCCAUGCAUUCCGUGAUUUCUUAAUCCCUCCACCAGCUGAAAGAUUACAUAAAUUGAAAAUGAGUGAAUGUAUUUUAAAAUCUGAAGUUUCCUCUUUACAAACUUGUUUGAAAUCAUUUUCAUCAAAUUUUAAACUCAUAGAUGAUGAUAAGUUGGUUAGAAAUAUAUUGAAAAGAAAAUCUAAUGACCAGGCAAAUCAAAAAAAUACAAAAAGACAAAAAAUAUAA